AAAGCAAUGAAAAAUGGCAUUUUCAGCUUAAAAGAAAAAACCAAUGGAGUCAUCACUUCCGAUUACAGUUGCUGCACUUGAUCGUUCAACUCAACUAAAAGCUUUCGACGAGACUAAAACCGGCGUAAAAGGCCUUGUCGACGCCGGAAUCGCAGAGAUUCCAUCAAUAUUCCGUGCACCUCCGGCUACUUUAACAAGUCCAAAACCACCUUCCUCCUCUGAGUUUACUAUUCCCACAAUCGAUCUCAAAGGAGGUGGCACGGACUCGAUCACGCGACGGAGCUUGGUGGAGAAGAUCGGAGACGCGGCUGAGAAAUGGGGUUUUUUCCAGGUGAUCAAUCACGGGAUCCCGAUGGAUGUGUUGGAGAAGAUGAAAGAAGGGAUUCGUGAGUUUCACGAGCAAGACACACAAGUGAAGAAAGGGUUUUACUCUCGAGAUCCAGCUAGUAAGUUGGUAUAUAGCAGCAAUUUCGAUCUCUUUAGCUCACCGGCGGCGAAUUGGAGAGAUACAAUCGGUUGUUAUACGGCACCAGAUCCUCCUAGACCGGAGGACUUACCGGCCGCUUGUGGGGAAAUGAUGAUUGAGUACUCAAAGGAAGUGAUGAAAUUGGGUAAAUUACUCUUUGAGCUUCUCUCAGAAGCUCUAGGGUUAAACACUAAUCACCUCGCGGACAUGGAUUGCACCAACUCGUUGCUGUUGCUCGGCCAUUAUUACCCGCCGUGUCCCCAACCCGACCUUACUUUAGGCUUAACCAAACACUCAGACAAUUCUUUUCUCACUCUUCUUCUUCAAGACCAUAUAGGAGGGCUUCAAGUUCUCCAUGACCAAUAUUGGGUUGAUGUUCCUCCUGUUACCGGAGCUCUUGUUGUUAACGUUGGAGAUCUUCUUCAGCUUAUAACAAACGACAAGUUCAUAAGCGUGGAGCAUAGGGUUUUGGCUAAUGGAGUUGGACCAAGGAUUUCAGUGGCGUGUUUCUUCAGUUCGUAUUUGAUGGCGAAUCCUCGAGUUUAUGGACCCAUCAAAGAGCUUUUGUCUGAACAUAAUCCUCCCAAAUAUAGAGACACCACCAUUACAGAGUAUGCAAAAUUCUACAGAUCCAAAGGAUUCGAUGGUAUCUCUGGAUUACUCUAUCUCAAGAUCUGAGAAUAGCAAUUGUCUUAUAAAGGUGCUUAAUUGGG